CACAUUAAAAAUAUUUGCUGAUAGCGGUGAUUUCUAAUAUUAUUGAUACGCUACUUGCCGCCCGAAGACAUGGCGGAUCGGCUGAAAAAGAUCAAAGGUGCCGACGCUCUUUGUCCCUACUGUAUAUCAUUAUACUGUGCUCAGGGUGCCUCCCCACGGAGCGUAACUUGCGUAAAGCGUGACCUAAAGUUACUAGAAAACUUCCGCCUAGUUAUUUUACGCCGUUACGUCGUUUUGUCAUUACGUCGAUUUAAAUUUCUGGCGGAAGAUACGCUGAUAUGUGGCUGUAUUCGUUUACGCAGUAGUUAGUGCAUCUACUGCGUAUCUCAUCUGCUGAUCACGUGACAUAAUUUGCCGAACGCACUCUUACGUGAACGGCUGCGCGUGUGCGGAUUGGUGCGGAGUGUUUUGGAGCGCUUCAAAUGGGACUUUCGGUUGCGUUUCGGUAAAGCGGCUCGGUACAUAUCGUUAAGUAAAUUUUAGCAAUUUUGCGGCAGUAAUUUUUAAGAUAUUUACCCUUUUGUUUAAAGGUUAGUUAUUACUUGUUUUUAAAAUAUCUGAAGCACAUUUCAUUUAAAAAUUUAAUUUUUAGAAUAAUAAUGGACGUGAUAUUGAAUAAUGUUAUUCAUAUCAUACGGUAAUGGAACUGAUCGACAGUGAUAGUAGCUCAUAGAUUCUGAUUUAUGGUCAGAUAGUAAAUAAUUUAAUUAUAAUUUUAAAACGCUUCCAUAUUGAACUUGGGCUGCGUUCCGAUUUUCCAAAUAAUUUUUGAUUUAGUUGGAACAUUUCGAAGUAAAAUAAAUUCGUGAUUUAGGUUUAUUGGAUCAGUAUUAGAACAUAAUUUAUUCAAAGUCUGUUGUAAAGGAAGUGGUAAAUGAAAUGUUCUACCUUUAACUUUUUGUAUAUUAUAUAUCAGUAUAUUUAAUUUAAUUUUAAUUAUAAUUUAAUUAUAAUUUUGUAGGAUCAAUUUGCAGAACUUAUUCUUCACCUUUCUCGUUCUUUAUUUUUAUAAAAUAACUCAUUUUCAAGGCAGAUCCCAUUCAUAUAGAACCAAGGCUGCGUUCCGUUAUUUACUGCUAAAGACUCUCAUAAUCCCACAACAUUUCGUAAACGGUCUGUUCAUAAACAAAUAAUAAACAUCUCUAUAACAUGGAGAACUCUUAAUACAGCAUCAAUAACGCAAUAGUGAAACACAUCUCAAAUAUUAUGUUAGAAUAAUUCAAUUUUAUAUUAUUCAAUUAAUAAUUUUCAAUUCUAAAUCAUUUAAGAAAUACUGUAAACAAUUUCCAAACAUCUUGAAAAAAUCAUAAUUAAUGUUGGUUAAUUAAUGUUGUUUAAUUAAUAUACGAAAUGUUGUGAGAUUAUGAGGGUCUCUAUUCACUGCCAGUACUGAAAAUCGGAACGCAGCCCAAGUUCAAUAUGGAAGCAUUUUAAGGCCGGUAUUCAUAGUCGGAUCUUAUAUACCAGCCUAAAUGGAAGCAGUUUUACGUUCGUUUAUGCAACACUGCAAGCAGAGCAUCCAGAGCAGUACCUCUGAAGUAGCUGCGCGGAUGGGAUAUAUCUCUGCAUAAAGGAAUGACAAACGCGCUGCAGUCGCUUUCGCAGGCAGAGUAAACGAACAACAUCUGCGGCAGCCACUGCGUAAACGAACGCACCCACAUGUUGGAAUUGUACUGCUACAGUCUUAUGAAUAGCCAAUGAAAUUGCGAGGUUAUUUGACGUCACAACUCGGCGUGACUCGAAGCAGCAUUCAAACUACAUAAUCAUAAACAUUUAGGUGACUAUCUUGUUGUUUAGAAUAUUAUUAGAAUAUUGUGAAAAAAAUGAAUCACUCCUACGAUCAAAUAGACUGCGAAGAUACGCAAGAUAUGUGUUCACAAGAUAUUAAUUUACAAGAUUCGAUCCCUAUCGAAGUAAAUAUCGAAGCUGAUGCUAUUUUCAUCGACAUCGUGAAAAAUUAUCCUGAUUUAUGCAAAAAUUUAAAAGAUUUUAAAGAUAAAAAUGUACGUGAGCGGGCAUGGGUGGACAUAGCAUCCAUUCUAAAUUGCUCAGUGGAAGAUUAUAAGAGGCGAUGGUUACGCUUGAGGGAAAGAUUUUCAAAAGAGCAGAGAUUAUGAGACGCAGAAACAAGGAGCAGUAGUGGAAAUACAAUAGGAAGAAAAGAAUUUUCUUUAUACCAAAACAUGAUGUUUCUUUCAGAACAUGUUCAGUCAAGAAAGUAAGUAAUAUAGCUGAAAAAUAUAACAAGCAUUCUUGAAAGUAUAUAAAUUAUUUACAUCUCAAUGUUUUAGAACUUAUAUAUAAAUUUAUACUCACCCAAAGAUAAUAUAGUGAUACAUUUAUUUUAGUAUAAAUAAAUAAAUAUAAAUUUA